UGAUCGGGCGCGACGCUACGUAGUCAAAAAAGCGCUAAUCGCUUGUGGUACAAUCCGCUACGGCUUAAGUGACAUUAACCCAAUCGGCCGAAGAGGCUUUUUCUGGAUUUUUUCUCGAUAAAUUGCCUGAUAAUUUGGGGAUCUUAGAUUGGAGGUAAAAAUCAAUAUGCAAACUCCUAGUUUGACAUCCAUUGUGGAAAGAAAUGAUUAGGUAUGACAACGAACGUCUCCAACUCGAGUAUACCAGAUGAUCUCCUCUACAACAGCCAACCGUCUAUCUUGGAUGAUUCAACUAAAGAAUUCCAGAAGAUAGCGCUUGCCAUCCUUCUGAGCAUAGUGAUAGUUAUAGUGAUUUUGGGGAAUACGCUGGUCAUACUGGCGGUCAUAACGACUAGGAGGUUGAGGACGGUGACGAAUUGCUUCGUUAUGUCCCUCGCCAUCGCCGAUUGGCUCGUUGGCACGUGUGUGAUGCCUCCAGCUGUCGCCAAUGCUCUCAUGGGAUCAUGGGAGCUGGGAUGGAUUCUGUGCGAUAUAUGGGUGUCUCUGGACAUCCUUCUUUGUACGGCUUCCAUCUUGAGUCUGUGUGCCAUCAGCGUCGACCGUUAUUUGGCCGUCACUCAGCCUCUGACGUACUCAAGACGGCGGAGAUCCAAGAGAUUGGCUCUGGGGAUGAUCUUGAUAGUCUGGCUCAGCUCAGCGCUCAUCACUUGUCCGCCAAUGUUCGGAUGGUAUGAACCCGGACGACAUGAAGACAAAACAUGUAGAUACAACAAGAAUACCGGUUAUGUAAUCUUUUCUGCGAUGGGUUCUUUCUUCAUCCCCAUGGUGGUGAUGCUUUACGUUUACAUGCGUAUUUCAUGCGUUGUGGCGCAGCGACAUGACAAACUGGAACAUAUUGAUGUCCACUCCAAGAAAAAUCACAAAUUAGUUUUACAAUCGCGAGAGGAAUCAGACCCGGACAGGGGAUCAUCAGAAGGUGAAGAAAUAUGUCUUAGGACAGCUAGUUUACCGCAAGCGAACGAAAGAAACUACAAUUACAACGACAGGAGGAUCAAAUCCUUCAGGAGCAAAACCAAAUCGAUCAGAUCCACCAACAGCUCGUUCAACGAGGACAAACUGUCAUCUUCCAGAGGCGCCAGUUUCUACAAAUCCACAGUGACCGGCUCCAGAUCGCAGCCGGAUUCCGUCAACUUGGACGCUGGCGCCAUCUUGAAAUUCGAACCGGCUUCCAGAGUGUCUUCCUUCAGGCGGGAGACCAAGACCGCCCAAACCCUGAGCAUCGUUAUGGGAGGUUUCAUCGCCUGCUGGCUCCCUUUCUUCAUCUUCUACCUCCUGACGCCCUUCAUGCCGAGCAAUGAUAUCAACGCGCUGAUCAUGUCUUAUCUCACGUGGUUGGGGUGGUUCAAUUCCGGGAUAAACCCGUUCAUUUACGCUUUUUACAGUCCGGAUUUCAGGAUAGCCUUCUGGAGACUGACAGUGAAGCAUUUCACCAAGGAGAGAAAGCCAGACAUCUCCUUCCAUAAAUGAGGACAUGGAUGUUAGAUUUAUUGACGUCUUUCACUAGGAAUAUUUACGGGGGAAGAGAGAUCUCUGUAGUUGGGAAGUUUACUUGCUCUGGUGAUUUCGAGUUUCAGAUCCGGACAACAAUAGAAAUGGAGGAAACAGAGCCGGAAGCUAAGUGAGCGUUUACUCAGUUGCGGCUUCCCAAGAAACUCCGAAAUAAACAAUUCUCGCUCGUCAAUAGGGGAGUUUAAUAAUUUUUCGGAAGUAUUCAACGAUAAUACCUACUGGGUGAUUGUUUCAACAAGUCCAUUAGAAGUAUGGAGAGAGCAGGUCCGCAUUUUAUUUAUUUUAACUC